CGAAGGAGGAGGUGCGUCGCUAGCUCUCCUCUCGAUCCUUCUGUCCCGCCCCACUCAAAUUCUCUCGUAUUGCCUCUUCCAAACCCUAGCCAGAAGUAACCCUGAGCGACCCUUCCUGACCAGGCUUGAUUUGGGCUCGAAUCCCGCUCUCAGUUUCUCUCAGUUUAUCGAGUUUUUCGCAAGUUUUAUUGUUUUUUCCCUGGUAAAAUAAGACGUGGCCGCGCUGAAGGUUCAUUUCUAGUUGUAAAGAAUAGUGAUUGAUAUGUUUCUUUAAUUCUGAUCGGAGUAAAUUUGGCGAUUCCGGCCAGAUUUUUUAUUUCUUUUAUGAGUUUUAUUUUUUUCCUUAUCCUUCCCUCGGACUCUGAACGUCUGGACUGGAAAAGUUUUUGGGGGCCGUACAAAAGUUCUACAGUUUACCGAGUUUCCUCCUCACCUGGCCCCGAUGGAAAAGGAAAACGGGAGACUCACUCAAUUAACCGGGGGCUUCAAGAAUUAAGGAAUGAGACGGAGAGAAGACGAGAGUGAGAGGCGAAGCAAUCUUGAGUAACGCCUGAAGAAUCCUGAAGGCGACGGCGACGAGGAGCAAGAGAAGGAGGAGGAAGAGUGUCUUUCAUCCCCGAGAGACACGACGGAGGCCAGAGAGGAGCAUAAACAAGGCAGGACGUGAGGAAAACUGUUGCGUUGAUUGAGGUGGUGGAGGAGGCGUCUUAAUUAGCAGUGAAGCGCCGGUGUUUGGAGACACGAGGAGAAGGGGAAGAAGGACGACGACAAGCAGGAGUAGGAGAGGAGGAGAAACGACCCAGUGAGCCGUUCGCGUCGUUGGUGAUUGGCAGUAGUGGUCGUGGUAGGAAGGAAAGGAAAGAGUAAAACAUUGGGACACUUAAGAUCCAAGGAGGAAUGUGGUAAAAACUUCUUUUUUUCAGUCAUGUGGACUUAAAAUAUUUCUCCGUGCUAUUGGAGAGGAAGUAAGAGGAAGAAAUAAAGAAAGGAAGGGAGAAAAAUUGAUGUGCUUGAGGUCUGAUAAAGGCACUCAUAACUCUCUUUUUAUUUGCUUCGGCCAUGUGAACGUGUUGAGGGAAAAAAUGAAGUGAAAGUAAGCAAAAGAAUAAUUAUGUACGUACUUAAGGCCUUUCAAAAUGUGCACACAGGUCUUUUUCUUCUACAUUGAUUAUGUGAAAUUAUAAAGAAGUUUUUUUUUCAGCAUUAACAGUGUAGAGGAAAGAAAAGGUUUUGAAAACAGGAAGAGCAUUAAGGAAAAAUUGACGGACUAAAUACAGAGAAAGUGGUCCUCAGUCUAGUAAUGUUUUGACUUCCAACUCUAUAAACUUAUCAGCUGUUUGUGUCAGAGAAAAGAGAGUGAAAGAAAACGUGAAAAAUACCUGUAAUCGAAUUAAGAAUCUAUUGAAACCUUCACAACUUUUUAAGGAAUUAUAAAAAGUGAAAAAAAUAGCGAGUGAAAAAAAUAACCAAAUGAAAUUCAGUAUCUAUUCAUAACUUUGUAACGAUAACUACAUAAACUUAAUGGAAAAAAACGAGCAAAACAGUGAAUGAAAAGAAUGUUGAAUAACCAGAUCGAAUUGAGCAUCUAUUCAUAACUUCCCGAACCAAACUAUAUAAAACUUAGAGGAAGUGAUCAAAUUUACCACACACAACACUCACCCUUCCACUCACCGCCUGCAACACAAGAAGGCUUUGCAAGGGAACAAAUCUGGCAUACGUAAUGAACCACAAAAACAAACCACGAAACAGAGCAGCUGAGUAAAUUAUUGUUACCAUCACAAAGGAAAAUAACACACAAGCAGCGCCAUACUCCUUCACCAGUACCUGGGAGGGGAUUCAAAGGUAGUGAUUUGAUAGACACACACCAGCUCAUCCUUACACAUCACAGACAGGCGCAGAGGACUUCCCCUAUCGCUGUAGUACUAUGAGGGAUGCGAGUCCUUUCAUAAGCGUGCAAGAUGAUGAACCGCCUAAUCUUCCUGAGUGACUGAAGCUUCUGAACCCUGAAGUGAACCCUGAAAUGAACCCUGGCAAUGCCUCGGUGCCCCAUGUGAAGUGGCAACCUACAUAGACAUGAACUUCCAAUGUAGAACUUCUUCCUCUUCACCUCCUUCUCUUCCUUUAGCCCCUCUUCCUCCUCCUCCUCCUCCUCCUCGUCUGGAUUAGUGUGUGCCGGGCCGGGCGGAGGCGCGACGAUCAUGGGUUGUGUAAAGAGCUGGAGAUUGCAGUGUGUUUGACCUUCAGGCACCAUCAGCAGGGAGCAAACACGCGGCCAGAGAGAGAGAGAGAGAGAGAGAGAGAGUCUGCUGGGCGUUUAGAUCCUCUCAACUCCAUCUAUCCUUCUUACUCCUUCGUCCCCACCCUUCUCCUCCCCCCUCCUCCUUCCCCUCUUCCUGAGAUGUGAGGACUCAACCAUGGCGGGAGACAGAAGGAGACACGUACGAACUUUAGCGUCGGCAAAAGUUAACCUUGAGAGGAGGAAAAGCAGAAGGAGAGUGUGCGGGGUGCUUCAGGGGACCGGCUGGGGCCCCUCCCGUCUUCCCCGCCCGUGGGAGAGAUGCGUGGGACGUUACUCUCUCCCCGCACAGUCCCGCCACGACCACUCCGUAAUGGAUGCAAAGUUACGGGCGAAGAGUAACAGGUCUGUGCUUCACCUUCACGGAAACUUCGCAUCUCUCCCUCCUUCAGGAAUACAGGGAGGUGCUGAGGACGUCACGAGCGUCACACCUUUGCAGCCUGCUGCCCCUCGCCCCCACCAGCGACUCCUUGGCUCAGAGGAACACUCAAAGGAAGGCUGUGUGUUGAAAGGAGACAUGGAACCCUCCUCCUGCGCCUCCUUCGUGAGUAGGCAUCCUGACCAGUGUCCGGAAUGCUGGUGUGAAGAAGGGGUGAGCUCUACUGAAGAUACCAAAAACACCCAUGCCUCCCACGUUCUCAGAAGCACAACAGCAGCACCUAUUGACCAAUUCCAUCACGCCUCACGCCCACACGGAACUCAAGGCACCCUCGGAACACCAAAAAUGCGUCCUGCAGUCCCAAGUUCCUGGCGGGGAAGAAGGAGCAGCAUAGAGAUCCUACAGGCUUCUCUCCUGCCGGGUAUCCUGACGGUGCUCCUGCUGCUGCUGCCAACCCACGCACUUCCUGAUGGUGGUCCUCCGUCGCUGCCUACAGAUGGACACCCGGCCCUCGCCACGCCCCAACAGAACCUCACAGUGCCUGCUGGAAGGGUGGCCAAGCUUACCUGUGUCGUGGAAGACCUGGGAGUGUACAAGGUGGCCUGGACGCACUACGGGGAGUCGGGGCGCGCUGUGCUAACGGUGGACACGAACGUCAUCACCAAGAACGACCGCGUGUCCCUAGUGAAGGAGAGUGGCGGCUCCUCCUGGUCCCUGGUCAUCCGCAACGUGUCCACCUCUGAUGCUGGGGAGUACAUGUGUCAAGUGAGCACCGUGCCACCCGAGAGACUGUACCUGCAGCUCUCCAUCGUAGUGCCCCCGAGGAUCACCAAGCUGCCCCUGGAUGUGGAGGCGGACGAGGGGCAGGAGGUGAGGCUGAAAUGCGAGGCCACAGGAGAUCCCAAGCCAAGUUACACCUGGAGGAGGGAAGAUUCGAAACCUUUCCAGCAAAAUGGGUCCACAGUGGGCGUCGCUUCUGGACCACUCCUCGUGCUUCCCUCCGUUACUAGGAACUCCAGCGGGGCGUAUCUGUGUGUGGCAUCCAACGGCAUCCAGCCUGCUGUGUCCGCCCGCGCCAAGGUGUCAGUCAAGUUCGAGCCGGAGAUGCUGGGCGACGUGCAUAUUGAAUGGGCGGAGGUGGGCGGGCGGGCGGUACUGGUGUGUCGGUACAUGGCCUGGCCGCCGCCCACACUCACCUGGACAAAAAAUCAAGUGAAAAUAGAGUCUUCAGUGGAGGACUGGGAGAUCGGGGGCGCGGGAACCUCCACCUUGGUCAUCUCCCCGGUGGAGGAGGGAGACUACGGAAUAUACCAGUGUAUUGCCACCAACCCGCUGGGAUCCGCCUCCUCCGCGGUGACUCUGCGAGAGCUGACCACCACGACCACCACCACCACCACCACAACGACCACCACCACCACCACCACCACCACCACCACCACGCCGGUCCCUGAGGUCCACUUGACGGAUGAGCAAAGAUUCCUGGUAGACGGCAAGGUGCUGGAGAAGACUGCUCUCAUACACUCUUCCUCCUCCUCCUCCUCUUCUUCCUCUUCCUCCUCUUCGUGGCAAAGUUCAACAGCCCCCCCUACUGACGCUGCCCCCACCGCUACGUGCAAGAUGUGGCGCCCCCUAGCGACCCCCGCCCCCGCCCACUCCACCCUGAGGGCACCGCUGGGAGCUCGAGUCUGCUGGGCCUAGCGUGUUUAUUCCCUUGCCUCUCCUGCUGCUGCUGUUGUUGCUGCAUCCUGACCUUCCUGCUGGGGUAGAAGACACCCUGCAGAUAGACAAACACGCCCUUGCCAUCACUCAGCCACGCCCUGUAGCGCCACACGCCACACAUCUGUCACCACACGCCACUAUGUCUGUUCGUGGUGCGCUCAAACUAACUCGGCGACCCGUUAUCUGUUCCCCUUUGCACGUGCCAUUGCAUUGAAGGGUCAGGCACAAGGACAGGCUCUCCACUUCCCCGAGGCCAGUGUUUGGUGGCCGCCUUUGCUGGGGUCUGUUGGUGGCUGCUGGUGAGGACUUUGACUUGAUCUGAAGGGAGCGUGGGAAACUUUCUGCCGCCCCGGGGAGAGGACCAGAGAGAGAGAGAGAGAGAGAGAGAGAGAGAGACUGAGAGACUGAGAGACUGAGACUAUAUGCAAACUGAAACUAAAGUGGUUGUGAGACUAUAUACUAUGAAAUGAAAAGAAAUACGUGUGAAUGUGUGACAAGAAAAUCAUUUAUAUCAUCGGAAACUUACAAACUAAAAGGGAAAUGUGAAGAAAAGAGAUUAUGUGGAAAAAAUGGAAAGAAAAGACAUUCAGAGAUAUUUUUAUAGGAAGAAAAUACUCGAAUAAACCAAAAAAGUCUAUGAGGAUUCUGGAAAAGGUGAGGUAAGAUGAUUAAAAGCUGUGAGAGUAUGUUAAUCAAGCGCAGUGAAGGAAAAUGUUAUGGUGAAAACUGCUGGACGAAAGAAAGUAGGAAUAAUUAAUAGGAAGAUGACUAUUACGUGAAAUAAAGAAUAAACUGAACAUAUUAUAGAACAAGCAUAGAAAAUUGUUAUACAGACACAAUAAAGUAUAAA